CUCUCUGGAGAAGAUCAACUGCGAUCAAAAAUCCUGUUUUUACACCACAAAUUUAUUGGUGUUUUUGGUCAGACUUGCGUACGAAGGGCAGCUACAUAUGCAGUAUAUUUUGGAACCUGCAGCAGGACUGCUGAGCGCAGAUGAAGAAAGGUAUUCUCCGUGUAUAAUUGCAUGUCUGAGGUACUUUCAUGUAUCUGCAGAUCAUUACGGCCGCCUACGGAAAGAUGAUACAUAAGAAAUAAAACAUUUUGAAACCUUUCUUAAACAGCAACUAGAAAAGACUACAUGUGAACAGGUGCGAUCCUUAAUGUAACUGUACUUCCUGGAAGGAAAAUGUUCUCAGAGCAACACUUGUCCACCAGUAGUGAACGAGCGUAGAAGAGAGAGCAGGGGUGGUAGCCCAGGUUCCUCAGGAGGUGGUAGCCCAGGAGGUGGUUCCUCAGGAGGUGGUAGCCCAAGAGGAGGUUCCUCAGGAGGCGGUAGCCCAGGAGGUGGUAGUGCAGGAGGUGGUAGCCCAGGAGGUGGUUCCUCAGGAGGUGGUAGCCCAGGAGGUGGUUCCUCAGGAGGCGAUAGCCCAGGAGGUGGUUCCUCAGGAGGUGGUAGCCCAAGAGGAGGUUCCUCAGGAGGCGGUAGCCCAGGAGGUGGUAGCGCAGGAGGUGGUACCCCAGGAAGUGGCUCUUCAGGAGGUGGUACCCCAGGAGGUGGUUCUUCAGGAGGUGGUAGCCCAGGAGGUGGUACCCCAGCAGGAAACAUGAAUGGGCACAUCAGCGGUGGUACCACAGGAGGAAACAGGCAUGGUCACUCCAGUGGUGGUACUGCAGGAGGAAACAGGCAUGGGCACAACAAGGAUGGUACCCAAGGAGGAAGCAGGCAUGGGUACAACAGGGAUGAUACCCAAAGAGGAAGCAGGCAUGGGUACAACAGGGAUGAUACCCAAAGAGGAAGCAGGCAUGGGUACAACAGGGAUGAUACCCAAAGAGGAAGCAGGCAUGGGUACAACAGGGAUGAUACCCAAAGAGGAAGCAGGCAUGGGUACAACAGGGAUGAUACCCAAAGAGGAAGCAGGCAUGGGUACAACAGGGAUGAUACCGAAAGAGGAAGCAGGCAUGGGUACAACAGUGAUGGUGCCGCAGGAGGACACAGGCAUGAGUACAACAGGGAUGGUACCCAAGGAGGACACAUGCAUGGCCACACCAGCGGUGGUGCAGCAGGAGAAAACAGGCAUGGGUACAACAGGGAUGGUACCCAUGGAGGAAGCAGGCAUGGGUACAAUAGGGAUGGUGCCCAAGGAGGAAGCAGGAAUGGGUACAACAGUGAUGGUACCCAAGGAGGAAGCAGGCAUGGGUACAAUAGAGAUGGUGCCCAAGGAGGAAGCAGGCAUGGGUACAACAGUGAUGGUACCCAAGGAGGAAGCAGGCAUGAGUACAACAGGGAUGGUACCCAAGGAGGGCACAUGCAUGGCAACACCAGCGGUGGUACCAGAGGAGGACACAUGCAUGGCCACACCAGCGGUGGUACCAGAGGAGGACACAUGCAAGGCCACAACCAGCAAGUGGUACCAGAGGAGGAACAAUGCAUGUGCCACAACCAGCAGUGGUACCAGAGGGAGGACACAUGGCAUGGCCACACCAGCGUGGUAA